GAGGUUGAGCUCUGUAUGUUUGCCUUGCGUCUGGACACCUAGCUUCUAUGCUGUAAAGAUUGACACAAAGAUGAUAGGAGUGCUGCUGAUCAUGUUGUUGGCAGGUGUGAGUCGACCACUGGAUGCCAACCCUCUGCAUCGUCCUGCAGAGACAAAUUUGCCAACACAUUUAUCUCUCAUAGAAGACAUUUUGGGGAAAAGAAAUCGUGUUAUACGAGAGGUAAAUGAUACAGAACCAGAUAAUGUCUCAGAAUAUCCCAGUUCAUCCUCAGAACAAACAUUUAGCGACACUACAGAAUCCUAUACUCAGACUUCUGAAUCUUCUGAACCAUGGCCUGAAUCUCAGUUUUCUAAGGAUACUAAAAUCUCUAAAGAAACAACAACUCAGUCUAUUGAUUAUCCCACGGAACAAGUAACUUUUCCUCAGAUGUCAUCAGGUGGAGGGGAUGUAGAGUCAACAGAAAAUACGCCUGAAGUAUCACCUUCAUCAUUUAACCAUUCACUACCUCCUUCAGAUUCACAAAAUACAGAAUUGUCAUCUCAAGUACCUCCAAUGUCUUCUGAAGAACCUCAAAUAUCAAAAGGAAUGUCACCUGAGCUUCCUCUAAUAACUUCCACAGAGUCUCUCCCUUCAAAGGAAUAUACAUCUGAACUCCCUGUUAUGUCAACUGAGGAAUCUCACUCAUCCUCAGAAUCUCCAUCUGAACUUCCCAUAGCAUCUCCCAAAGUGUCAUCUGAGCUUUCACAAGAAAUUUCCACAACAAUACCAGAGUCAUCUUUAAAUAAUCAACUCUUAGGAGAUUCUAACAAAUCCGCAGAGGCUUCAUCUGAAGCUCCACAAUCUUCAUUGGAACACAUUUCAGGAGAAUCAGAAGCAUCGACUGAAAAAAAUUCUUUUUACAAUUCCUCACCAGAAUAUUCAUCUGAAGAAAGCCAAACUGAAGUUCCUUACUCGUCUACAGAAGAAACUGUAAAUCAAACAUAUUAUCCAGAGAUUUCAUCAGAAGAUCAAAGAACAGUAACAGAGACUACAACUGAGUCUAGUUCUUUUGAAGAUCAAUCGGUGCAACCCUCAACUGAACAAUCCACUUUUCCACCUGAAAUAUCAACUGACUUUUCUCAAACUUCAGAGGACCCACUUACAGCAGAGAGUUUUGCUUCAUCCAGUGGUUUGCCAACAAUACCAACACCAACAACGCUGAAUAUCUCAUUAUCAACAAUUUUCAGUUCAUCAGAGAGUGCAUCAACUGAAAUUUUGUCUACAACAGAAAUACCAGAUAAAAUUACCCUCUCAACGUCAUCCUCAAUUUCUACAACUGAACCUGCCUCAACUGAGAAAACUGAAACUUCACAACCAUCCGUCGCCGAACAAGAAAAUGUUGCUGCUCAAUUAUCAACUACUGAGGUAGCAAAUACUCAGACUGAAACAGAAACACCACUUUUCACCCCUACAAUAGAGCCUGAGAGUACGACACCGAUAUUUUCCUCAUCAAAAGAACCUUUUACCGAACAUCAUUCAACUCCCUCGACUCUACCAUCAACGACAUCGGCCUUCACUGUCGGGUCUGUUCAAUCUUCUCAGUCUAUGUCUAGUCAAGAUUUCACAACUCCUGCAAGUUCUGCGGGUUCUAUCAGUAGGCUAAAUGUUAUCAUUUUAACAACCCUACUCUUAGUAAUAACCAGUACUGCAUUUAAAAGAUAGUUUAAAAUGAGUUGUUUUGAAAUGAGGUAAGCAAUCAGGACAAAAAGGGUAUUCAGAAUUACUAUUGUAUCGUAUUAGUUGAAGAUCAUCACAUAAAAUAACAGUUUUUGUAUAGUUUUAUUCAUGUCAACAUUUUAAAUUACCUGCUGCUUUAAACAAAACCUAAGUAAAUUAAAUGUUCAUACAUGUUAUUAACUGGGUGUUACUUUGUUCUCAGAAGAGAAUAAAUAUUUGAAUGAGAUCUGAUAUGAAAUAUUAACCUUGUAGGUAGAACUUUUCUUAUUAAUUUAUAAAAAUUGUCCAACUUAACAAUUGUGGUAACAUAACACAUGUCAUAACACAAAUCAAACAUUUAGUAGAGUUAUAGAUGUUAUAAGUAUAAAUAACCAGGUACAAAAAUAAAAUGAUCUUAUGACUGAAUUAACAUGUUUAUUUAAUUUUGUUUCUUUUGGUGAGUUUGCUUAUAUGACAUCUAUUAGACAAUUACUUAAUAUUUUACAUCAUAUAUUUGUAAUAUAAAAUUAAAGACUAUUGACGUUUUGUUGUGUUAAAAAUAAACCUUCUGAGCUAAACGUAAUAGUUUUAUGACAGUUUAUAUUCCUACAAUUUUAAUAAAUCAUCAUUAUGGAAGCAAAUAGAUUUGACUUCUAAAAUGUAUAAAUAAAAUUAUGCACUAUUUUUUUAUGCCCAAGUUAAACUAUAUAUAAAAAUGUACAAUGUCAGCCCAAUACAUUUAAUGGGUGUUAGUUAGUAUUAUAACAAAGAUUAUUUGGUGUAUUUCCCAGUGGCAAGAACUAGAAUAUUUAUUAUUGAACUGUUUUUACCUCAGCCUUUAACAUCUUUCUGCAAGAACAAAGGCUAAGGUAACAACAGUUCAAUAAUAAAUAAGUAUUAUAACAAUAAUAACGAAAUGAGAAUGUAUAAAUUAUAAACAGACAUAGUUUCCAUUGCACAUUUUGGUCUUGUAUUUGGAAUGAUAAAUAGUGUCAUUCCUCAUGUUUUUCACUUUUGUAUUAUAACAAGGCUGGAUCAUUAGUAGUAUUAGUGAAUGUUUUUAUUUAUUGAUAUGUUAAUUGUGUAUAUGUAUA